AUGACCAUUCACUUCUUGAACGGCAAGAUAAUUUUGACGGCGCCUGAUUCGAGAAUGAAUCUAAAAAACAGCCGCGACAGUCAUGACGACGUGGACAGUCUCUGCGCAAUGUCACAGCACCCGUGGUGUAGAUAUCGACCAUGGAGUCCCCUGGGUCUCGGGCAUAAUCUUGACGUACCGAUAUUUCCUCGCUGGAGGAGAACAAGUUCGAGGAUAUUCUUUGAAAUGGCAAGGCCGCACCAACCUACAGCAAAGCCAUCUGGCGCUCUUCAUAAUGCGGCUGAUAGGCUCGUACCUUUCUGUACCUGCCUCCUCUUUGCCUACAAUCUGACGGCUUCGUGCCAGAAUGCAAUAGCCGGGGCCGGAAGCCUCUGUGACGUGGGAGCGUCCUUUAUGAUAGAAUGGGCAAACAUAGCCGAGUACCACAUCGGCUUUGUCCCGAUAAGCAAUAUUCAGGGUGUACGUAGUGUCUUGCAGGGAUCCCCGCAGCACAGAGAAAAUGAAAUGCCCAUGUCUGAGGUUCCGAAUCCCAAGGUCCUCUGGCUGAACCCUGCUCGACGCAGGGUCUUCCACACGUUCAACCUUAAGUGUAGCACAGGCCAGCAGAAUGCCAAGAGUCUUCUGCGUGGGUUAGCGUUGUACAUGCUUGGAGUUGCAAAAUUCGCCGGGGUUCUUCCGAAUGACGAUCUCCAAACCGUCAAACAGAAAGCUAUGCCUCUCCUGACGCGCAUGUCUGGGAUGUUUGCCAAAACGCCACCAACUUCUUGGGUCGGGAUGACUGGUCAACGCUGCUGUGGUCAUCUUUUAGCCGGUGGGUCUGGAUUAGGGGGAAAGACGGUGCGGAUCGCCUGUAAGCCGGAUGUUAGUCUCGCUCCGUUCUUUCAUUUCGUAGCCACCCGGCGGGUAAUCCGUGCAGAUGGCUCAGCAAGGGCUGGAUACUUCUGCUAUUCCAGUCGUGUCAGAUACGACUCGGGCGCUCAGACGCCCGUUGUGGAAGUGAAGUUGGUCAGCUCCUUAAUAUGGAGACAGACGGAGUAUAGUAUGGCUAGCCUGUUGGGUGGCUCCCGGGCCGGUGAGGGCUCAAAGGGGAAGCGUAGGAGGAACGUCACUAAUUGGAACCAGUCAACACUAUCCCUCGCUUGUCCAGAACAAGUAAAUCAAGCGGUACGAUUGCUCCGAGAUCCGGUUACGGAGACUUUGUAUUGCUGUCUUCUGAGAAAGACAGCAGACGAGUGCUUUGUGUGUUCGCGUGAACCUUCUUCUGGGCAUGGCUGCUCCACUCCCCUUCACAACACUCGGAUAAGCCGAGCAUCGAACACCUGCAGAGAUCAACCUCUGUGGCGUCUCAUGAAUACGGGAGAUCAAGUCAUAAGGCUGAACGGUUGGUGGCAUGGGCGCCCUAUAACACACAAGUGGAAGAUCAGCACAGUUCGAGAAGUCGGAAACGGGACGAUCGACAGAGGUGGUAGGGCCACUGAAAUCAUAAUGGUUUCGACGAGCUUCGAUCACUUCCAUCCUGGGUGUCUCACAUGCAAGUCGAGAGUGAAGGCUUGCAGAGUUGUAUUUGGAGGUCACUUGGUAGUGACUCUUAGUGACUUCCGAGGCGCUUUCCAACUUCCAAUUUCGCACUACUACAUCACAACAUCCUCUUACAUUGCGCAAGAGCCAAUCCCACCCCCUGCACUUCCACUUCUCCUACAUCCAGUUCUUCUAGCGCUACCUUCACUUCCGAAUAUGGUAGCAUUGUCAACUCUAUACAAUACACAGUAUCUCGGGCACUCCACUCAUUAUCAUUCCCUGUUUUCUCCCUCUCAUUCCCGACCUGCUACCACAUGGCGUGUCAGCUUAUCCUACGGAAGCUCAAUCCGUUGGCAAUCCACUAACCAGAUCGAGUCGGAAGAUCGACGUCGCGUGAGUGAGCGUCAUAUCCUAUUUUUCACUGCCGGGUUUCCGAGCUUCUUAGCUGACGGUGUACAUGACUCGUGGUUAUAUUCUCCUGAGGCUCCCGACUCCGCCGGGGUCCCAGAAUGGACGGGUGUUGGCGCCUUUGGCUGGCGGCCUGUGGCCUAUGCUGGCCUAUGCGUCUCGGGGCUCAGCGGAGUGCGUCGCAUUUCCCCAUCUCCAUCCCCUUAUCGGCUGGCAAUUCCCCCCUUUCCUUUAUCUUCCACGAGACCCCAGAUCUACCUCGUAUCUGUGGAUGACGCUGGAUUCGGGUCAGACCUAGACGGAAGCAUCGCGCAAUAUCCGCACCGUCGACUCAGAAUCUAUUUCCAGGAGGCCCGGUCCACUGUGGCACAAGCGAUACUCGCGUGA